UGCAUUUGACUCAGUGAGUUGAAAAAAACUCUGCAUCUGGCUUCCGCUUCAGCAUCUUCAUUUCUGGCAUCUAUGGCUGAGCCCCACAACCUCAUUCUCCUUCUUCUUCUCUGCGCCACUCUACAAUCUUCACCUCGUUUCAUUGCAGCUUCAUCCUCGGAUCACCUCUACAACGUUGGAGACAGUGUCCCAUUGUUUGUCAACAAACUAGGACCCUUCAACAAUCCUAGUGAGACAUAUGAAUUCUAUGAUUUGCCAUUCUGCAAUCCAGACCCAAUUGUGAGAAAGAAAGAGUCCCUUGGGGAAGUUCUCAAUGGUGAUCGUUUGAGCAAUGCUUUGUAUGAGUUCAAGUUUAGGAAGGACAAGAUUGAUGAGACCUUGUGCCAGAAGAAGCUUACAAUUGAUCAAGUUGCAAAUUUGAAGCAAGCUAUUAACCGUGAUUUUUACUUCCAGUUUUACUUAGAUGAUCUUCCUUUGUGGGGGUUCAUUGGGAAAAUUGAAGUGGAUAGAUGGACUCCUGGUGGGGGAGGGAUAAGCUAUUACCUUUUUACACAUGUUCAAUUUGAUGUUCUUUACAAUGGGAACCAAGUCAUUGAAGUAAAUGCAUUUGGUGAUCCGAAUCGCGGAGUGGAUAUAACGAAAGAUGUUGACAUUGAUGUUAAGUUCACUUAUUCUGUUACCUGGAAUGCCACUGAAGUGCGAUUCGAGAACAGGAUGGACAGAUACUCAAGAGCUUCAUCGCUGCCUGUCUAUCGUCAAGUUCAUUGGUUCUCAUUCAUUAACUCAAUAGUCAUCAUUCUGCUUUUGGUUGGUUUGCUUGCCCUACUUUAUAUGCAACAUUUGAAGAGCGAUUUGAGAAAGUAUUCUAAUGCAAAUGAGGAAGAUAGAGAGGUUGGUUGGAAGUCCAUCCACAGCGAUGUAUUCAGACAUCCUCCAAACUCAUCCUUACUUUUUGCUGUCGUGGGAACCGGUACUCAAUUGCUAAUCUUGCUCUUUGUCUUACUAUUUCUUGCAUUUAUCGGCACUCUGUAUCCCUACAAUCGCGGAGGACUGUUAAAUUAUCUUGUCCUGCUAUAUGCUCUUUUAUCUGUUUUUGCUGGGUACUCAACAGCAUCCUUUUAUGGCCAAUUUGCUGAGAAUGGAUGGGAAAAGAGUGUUAGUCUAGCAGGGAUUAUUUACAUGGGACCAGUGUUUGUUGUAGGCUCUGUCCUCAACAUCAUUGCAAUAUCAUACGGGGCCACGACUGCACUCCCGUUGGGCUCGAUCGUUGUGAUUCUUGUUUCACUCGCAUUUGGUGCCAUCCCCUUGCUUGCAUUGGGUGGAUUGAUUGGAUAUUGCUUUAGAUCCACAUUUCAGGGCCUUUCCACUACAAAGAGGCAUCCUAGAGAGAUUGAACAACUUGCUUGGUAUAGGAGGACACCAUUUCAAAUGUUUAUUGGGGGGUUUGUGCCUUUUAGUGCAGUUGUCUUGCAAUUACACCAAGUGUAUGCUAGCAUGUGGGGCUACAAGAUAUAUACUCUUCCUAGCAUUUUGUUUGCCACACUCAUCACUGUCAUUGUGAUUAUUGCUCUAGUCAAUAUUGGUUUGACAUACAUUCAACUAUCUGCAGAAGACCAUGAAUGGUGGUGGAGAUCUGUGCUGUGUGGUGGAUCAACAUCCAUUUUCAUGUUUGGGUACUGUAUCUUCUUCUAUGUGAGAUCAAGUAUGAGUGGAUUCUUACAGCUAUCCUUCUUUAUUGGCUACAAUGCAUGCAUAUGCUAUGCUUUCUUCUUAAUAUUUGGUGCGAUCAGUUUCCGAGUGUCAUUGCUAUUCCUUCGCUGUAUAUACCAUGAUGUUAAAAGAGAGUGAGUCACCUAUCUCAAGCACAAAGCAAUAUUGGUUACAUUAUUGAUGGACUCUGCAAUUCUGGAAAGUGAAGUCUGCACAAUGGGACAUAUGGGAAUUCCUUCACUGAAUUAUUUUACAAGGACACUUGUGCAGAAAUUGUAUCCUUUAUUUUUAUUUUGGGUUUUUGAAUGUGGACUGAAUCUGUGACUGCACAAUGCACAUUUUGGAAGAGGCUUCCUGGUGGCCAAUCUUAGCCUUGGUGGAAGAUAUUAGUGGAAUGAUGUGGAAGGUAGGUUGCUAGAGACCAGGUGAGUUUCUCAGGGAAGUUUAGUCCCUAAGUUCUUUGAGGAACUUGUUCUUGUCCGGGUGUUAAGUUUGUGGGGAGCUUCAUUUAGAGCCCGUUUGGAUCUCGGCUUAUUGGAGCUUAUUAGAGCUUAUCUACUAGAAAGUGCACUUACUAAGCUCCAUUAAGUGUUAUCUGGUUUGGAUCCAAAUGGGUAAUUGACAUUAAUAUUUACUACUACUGUGGUGGUGAUGUGCAACAAAUGAAACUAGCAGCUGCACUGUAGUAUACUCACCACCUAGAUUGCUUAGUUAGUACUAUAAGGCUUAAUUACAUUUUGAAUCCUCCAAGUUUAGUGAUUGUGAUUUUGAUUCCUUACUUUUCAAUUUUGCAAUUUUGGUUUCCAAAUUUAGUGAUUUCACUAUUUCGA